CCAUACUGGAAGUUGCAGCAAAUAGACUUCUGCUUACCUGUCACUUGUUGUCUCUUCUAAAUUCAUGCGUAAUAAUCUUGAAUUUGUCAUUUGUUAGUUAGACCCCUGUCCUGACAGGAGGGAGCUACAUUUGGAUAAGCAUGGAUAGCCAGGGGAGAAAAGUGGUGGUCUGUGACAAUGGGACAGGGUUUGUCAAGUGUGGCUUCGCUGGAUCCAACUUCCCCGAACACAUCUUCCCCGCCAUGGUGGGUCGACCAAUGUUACGAUCAAACACCAAAGUGGGCAACAUUGAGAUAAAGGACCUGAUGGUGGGUGAUGAGGCCAGCGAGUGCCGCUCCAUGCUGGAGGUCAGCUACCCCAUGGAGAACGGUAUGGUGCGCUCCUGGGAGGACAUGCUCCACCUGUGGGACUACACCUUCGGUUCCACCCGCCUGGACAUCAACCCGUCAGAGUGCAAGAUCCUGCUGACGGAGCCGCCCAUGAACCCCACCAAGAACAGAGAGAAAAUUGCUGAGGUCAUGUUUGAGAAGUACCAGUUCCAGGGCCUUUAUGUGGCAAUUCAGGCUGUGCUCACUCUGUAUGCUCAGGGUUUGCUGACCGGUGUGGUCCUGGACUCGGGGGAUGGUGUCACCCACAUCUGUCCCGUGUAUGAGGGCUUCUCCUUACCCCACCUCACACGCAGGCUGGACAUCGCAGGACGUGACAUCACACGGUACCUCAUUAAGCUCCUGCUUCUUCGCGGUUACGCCUUCAACCACACCGCCGACUUUGAGACUGUGCGCAUGAUGAAGGAGAAGCUGUGCUACGUGGGAUACGACAUCGAGCAGGAGCAGCGCCUGGCAUUAGAGACGACCUUCCUGGUGGAGACUUUCACACUUCCCGACGGCCGGCAGGUGAAGGUGGGCGGCGAGAGGUUCGGGGCUCCUGAAGCUCUCUUCCAGCCUCACCUCAUCAACGUGGAGGGAGCGGGGGUGGCCGAGCUGCUGUUCAACACCAUCCAGGCAGCAGACAUCGACCUCAGGUCAGACUUCUAUAAGCACAUCGUUCUCUCCGGAGGAAGCACCAUGUACCCCGGACUCCCAUCCAGACUAGAGAGGGAGAUGAAGCAGCUGUACCUUGAGAGGGUGCUGGACGGAGACACUCAGAAACUAUCUAAGUUCAAGAUCCGCAUCGAGGACCCCCCCCGGCGUAAGCACAUGGUGUUCCUGGGCGGCGCGGUGCUCGCCAACAUCAUGAAGGACAAGGAGUCCUUCUGGCUGAGCAGGGCAGAGUACGAGGAGAAGGGAGUGCAAAAACUGGGAGGGGGGGUCAGAUAGAAAUACAAUGUGUAGCGCAAAGACAACCUCACCCAGAUAAUCACAUUUCAAUACCUAUUACUCACCUCUCAUAGCCUGGCAUGCUGGGGGUUAAAGCUGAACUCCAUCACUUUCCUGCUAGUGAUGGAGCAAGUGACAGCAUAUUGACAACAAGUUUGAAUGUUAAUUUUUCAAGCCUUUUGUGAGUUUUCCUCAAUUUGGAUUUACAUUAAAUAGACUGUACUUUUACUUGAUUUAGCUCAAACAUAUUUCAAAGAUUAAUUAAUUAAUUUAGUGUUAAUCCCUGUGCAGGUAAACAUUUGAUUGUUUACUCACAUUAUCAUAUUGCAUUAUUUUACCUAAAAUACAUCAGGGCACAUUGAACAGUCUUUUAUUAAAUAAAAUGUAUAUGCUGUGACUACUGAA